AUGAUGAAGGCCAUACUGCUUUGGUUCGUUUUCGUUUGCGGUGUGUUCGCUUUCCGACACUCGGGGAACAACCGGCUGUGCCAGGAGACGGGCAACCGGAAAGGGUGCCUAAACUACAGGAAAACCCAAAAUGAUAACAGCACGGAGCGAAAAAGAGGCUCUGCCUCUUCCCUGGGAAGCACAUAUGAUGACAUCAAGAAAGUAAUUUCCAAGCAGCUGUCAGUGGAGGAGGACAAAAUAUCAAUGGAGUCGAAUUUUACGAAGGACCUCGGGGCGGACAGCCUAGACAUAGUCGAACUGAUCAUGGCACUUGAAGAAAAAUUUAACAUAACGAUCUCGGACCAGGAUGCUUUGAAGAUAAGUACCGUGCAGGAUGCGAUUGACUUUAUUGAGAAGAAUAAAAAAUCGGAUGUAUGA